UCACACAGCUUUGCGUCUUCCCAACCGCAACAAGACAAAAACCCACCAUCACCUACAACAAGCCCCUAACCCACUCGCAGGCUUACCUAUAUCACAAAAUGGCCGACCCCCGUAUCGAAGAGCUCCCCGAUGAGGAGGUCCCCAAGACCAACGUCGAGGACGCCGCCGACUCCUCUGAGUCCGAGGCCGGUGAGGAGCCCACCAUCCCCGGUGGUGCUGCGGUUACCAUUCACUCUCGCAACGAGAAGAAGGCUCGCAAGGCCAUUGGCAAGCUCGGUCUGAAGCACGUCCCUGGCAUCACUCGUGUCACUCUCCGCCGUCCCAAGAACAUCCUCUUCGUCAUCAACCAGCCCGACGUCUACCGCUCUCCCUCCAGCAACACCUGGAUUAUCUUCGGUGAGGCCAAGAUCGAGGACUUGAACUCCCAGGCUCAGGCUUCCGCUGCCCAGCAGCUGGCUGCCGCUGAGGCUGCGGGUGAGCACGCUGGCCACGAUCACGACCACGACAAGGGUAAGGGCAAGGCGCCCGAGACCGAGGCCAAGAAGGAGGAAGAGGAAGACGACGGUGAGGAGGUCGAUGAGACCGGUCUCGAGCCCAAGGACAUCGACCUCGUCAUGGCACAGGCCAAUGUCUCGCGCAAGAAGGCCGUCAAGGCUCUGCGGGAGAACGACAAUGAUAUCGUCAACUCAAUCAUGGCCCUCAGCAUAUGAGCUCGAUCCAGUUAAUGCACACUGUUAAUGGCUGAAUGUGUCUGUCCUGUUGUCGAAUGGGUUCUGGGGUUUGGAAUCAGGCUGAUAUGUCCCCGGAUGUCCGUCCAACUUCAUAGUGUAUAUCAUUUAGUCCAAAAGCAAAAUCAAUGAACAACCACUUUUGC